AUGACAGUGAAACCAAGGACAGAGAAAGCUUCAGAGGAGAAGCAUGGCUAUGAAUUUGGUGGCCCACUGGGAGCUGCUGGCAUAGUGUUCGGCUUGCCCAUCCUCGUCUAUACCACCAUCUUCCUGUGCAACGACGUCUCAGGCUGCCCUGCGCCUGCACUGCUGGACCCACGAACUUUAACCCUGGAGAAAUUGAAGAAACAGACGCCAUGGCCGGAGGAUGGACUCUUGGGCCUGUUCGAUCUGAACGUCAUUCUGUGGGUGCUGGCAUACUAUGCUCUGAGUCUAGCUCUGCAAUUGUUUCUGCCCGGUCAAGAGGUCGAUGGUACAACAUUGGGCACGGGAGGAAGACAUCACUACAAAUUCAACUCCUUCAACUCGGCGGUCCUCACCCUUGCUGGUCUCGCCGUGGGCACCGCUCUUCAAGGAACCGACUUUGCAGUCUGGAACUUCAUCUGGGACAAUCUCCCCCAAGUGGUUACCGCGAAUCUCCUCAUUUCCUAUGCCCAGGCAAUCUAUGUCUAUCUGGCUUCCUUCAGCAUUCCUCACCCAGGUAAACCAAAUCCGGAGAAUAGGGAGCUUGCCAAGGGAGGCCAUACUGGGAACAUGCUAUACGACUUCUUCAUUGGGCGUGAGCUGAAUCCACGUGUCGCCGUUCCGCGUUGGAUCCCCAUCGCAGGUGGUCAAGUGAUCGAUAUCAAGGUCUUCAACGAGCUGAGACCAGGUCUGCUAGGAUGGAUCAUUCUCGACCUCGCGUUCAUUGUGCAUCAGUACAAGGUUCAUGGUUUUGUUAGUGACUCUAUCAUUCUGGUCACUCUUUUCCAAUCGCUCUAUGUCCUCGAUUCACUCUACAUGGAAUCGGCAAUUCUCACCACCAUGGAUGUGACCACCGAUGGUUUCGGGUUCAUGCUCGCUUUCGGUGACCUGGCUUGGGUUCCAUUCAUUUACAGCCUACAAGCACGGUAUCUGGCGGUAUAUCCCUUGACCCUGGGCAUCAGCGGCAUCGCUGGCGUGCUGGGCGUGCAAGGCUUAGGAUACUACAUCUUCCGAGGGGCAAACAACGAGAAGAACCGAUUCCGAACAAAUCCCAACGAUCCUCGAGUAUCACACCUUGAAACCAUAACCACCGAGUCUGGCUCCAAACUUCUCGUCUCUGGUUGGUGGGGUUACGCGCGACAUAUCAACUAUCUUGGUGACUGGACGAUGUCCUGGAGCUACUCUCUCCCUACUGGGAUUGCAGGAUACAUCAUCAACAAGUACCAAAAUCCUGUUACCGGUCAUGUAACUAGAGAGGUGGUGCAAGGAGAUGCUCGUGGUUGGGGGAUGAUUUUUACCUAUUUCUAUGUCUUGUAUUUUGCUGUGCUGCUCGUGCAUAGAGAAAUGAGGGAUGAAGAGAAGUGCCGGAGGAAGUAUGGAAAAGACUGGGAGCGCUACUGCAAGCGCGUCAGAUGGAGGAUCAUUCCAGGCAUCUACUAG